GAUAAGCUAUACAUGCUAGCCAGUGCCUGUGUGUCUGUGUAAAAAGGCUUCUUUGUGCUCUGUGGGGCGAGUGCCAGAGGAGGGUAGGGAGCACUUACGCAAGUGUGAGGUUACAUGGCAUCAUGACGAUAAUGCGGUCUAUAUUGCUCUUGGUGUGUGCCCCACGAACACAUCCAUACCUGCGGGCUCAAGAUUACCUCCCUCCCACCCCUCUAUGUCACAUUGUUGAGGUCAGGUGUUAGCUUGGAGGUCAUGGGAAGUGAAUCUGACACAACCUCGACGUGAAAGUAACGAGUGCCUCCUGUCGCUUCUCCCAUCGAUGCUAGGAGUUGCGAGCACUUGUGUGUUGUAAGAUCUUUAUUGAAAUACCACCGGUACAUUCAACAUAUAUUUGUAUGGAGUGCUUUUCUAAAAACGGAUGCAGGAUUUGAGAAUACUGAUAGCAGUGAUCAAAGCCCCAGGUGUAAUCAACUGACCUAAAAGUUUCGUUACAUUUCAUUAGUUUCCUAAAACAUCGGUUAUGCUUUUCAUUCGUGUUUUCUAAAGUCGAUAUUGAUACCAUAGUAAUGUUUAACAGGUACAAAAUACCUUCUUGCGAUUUAAGAUUACUGAACACAGUUUUUGGAAGCUUUAAGUGAACCAUAAAGUUGCAGAUUGCAGAAUGAUGAGAGAGAGAGAGAGUAAGGGGGAAGGAGGUGAUGGUGGUGGAGUCCGGCAGAUGGCGGGGUCGAGUCAGAGCUGAGUCAACAUCCACCGGGAUCACAGGCCUGGCAACACACUCCUUGCUCUCCUACUCGUGCUCCACAUAACAUCAAGGUGAGGCUGUUUUCGGUAAUUUAGCGAAUAAAGCAGUGGUCCUGUGCUAUAGAAGCUUGAUUGAAGAGGGAAUGACGGCUGAUGGGAGCGUGAAUGACACCUGAGUGGGUAUGUGUCACCUGUGUGAGUGGAUGGCGCAGUGCCUCACCGUGCCACACCCUCCUGCUUUCUCUGAGUGCGGUCACAGCCUCACCUCUUUCAGACACAUACUCUACCAACAAUUCUGAAUCAGAGUAAUAUGGGGACGUUAUAUACAAGUCUUUACACUGUUACUCCAGUACCUGUUUGAAAAGCCAAGAUGUCGUCCCGCAAGGCAGGAAAGAAGAUUGGAAAGAAGCGUGCCCAGCGAGCAACCAGCAAUGUGUUUGCUAUGUUUGAUCAGGCUCAAAUCCAAGAGUUCAAGGAAGCCUUCAACAUGAUUGAUCAAAAUCGCGAUGGCUUCAUUGACAAGGAUGAUCUCCACGAUAUGCUGGCUUCUCUAGGCAAAAACCCCACUGAUGACUAUCUUGAGGGAAUGAUGAAUGAGGCACCAGGACCCAUCAACUUCACCAUGUUCCUUACACUGUUUGGUGACCGUUUGCAGGGUACAGAUCCUGAAGACGUCAUCAAGAAUGCAUUUGGCUGCUUUGAUGAAAACAACCAAGGUUACAUUAAUGAAGAGUACUUGAGAGAACUGCUGGUUUCAAUGGGAGACCGAUUCACUGAUGAAGAUGUUGAUGAAAUGUACCGUGAGGCUCCAAUCAAAAACUCCAUGUUUGACUAUGUGGAGUUCACUCGCAUCUUGAAGCAUGGUGCCAAGGACCUGGAGGAUCAGUGAGCUGCUGCUGCCACCAUAAAGAUCUACAACCUUCCACUUGUAGCUUUACUUUCACAGUCAUUAGCUGUUCGGUUUCAGCUUAAAUGUUCCUUUACCUACUUUCAGUUGAGAGCUUGUAUUUUAUGUAUUUAAUAAUCCUGUAACUUAAUCAUCAAAAAUAUUUAAAGAAAGGCAUAAUAUAUCAAUAUAUACUAUAAGUUACUCAGUGUACAGAUGCUGCAAAAUUGAAUUACCACAUAUAACCGUGUGGUUUUUAAGGUUCAUUCGCUUUAUUGCUUGUGACUGUCAUGAUGUGAUAAGAAAACUACUGUUAACUUACCAACACUUUUAUACAUGUAGGUUUUGUAAAAUCAUCAUUCAUAGGUUUGUGUAGUGAUUUACAUCAAGAUUUGUUUUGUACUCUAUUGAAAUUCAUUGCAGGCAGGGCUCUCUCCCAUAGGUUUCUUUGAAACUGACAAGUUAUUUAUUCAAAUAAAAUUUAUUGGUAUACUUCAUAGUGCCUUAGAAUAUUUAAAAUAAUUGUUUAUUCAUAUGAUAGACCCUCAAGCUACCAAGAGAUCUCAAAAUUUAUUGUGAAAUGUAUGUAUGCAUUCCACAUGAGGUAUCUUCCAAUUGUGUGUUUUGUUUUCUGUAAUGAAACCCUAUAGAACCUACUUUGGCUUGAUAAAUUUUGCAUAUUCAUUCCAGUAUAACACUUUUUACCAAUUUUCAUAAUUCAGUAUUUCGUAAAUAAACAAAAACUCUA